CUUUCUUUCACUUUGCGUGCGUCUCAGUUACACCGAUUCUCGUUCGAAAUAUUGAAAUCGUGUGUGGUUGUGUGCAACAAAACGCGAUUCAAUCCCACAAUCCAAUGUGGAAGGACGCUAAAGAAUACACAUAGUAUUAUUUAUUAUAACAAAAUAAUCAAAAAAAAAUUAUCGACAAGUUUUCAACUCAUCCAAGUCAACGAUUGAAUUGACAUCAAAAUGAGAAGAACCCAUUGUGCGUCGUCAUCAUCAUCAACAUCAAAAGCAACAAAAACAACGGCAAUAAAUUAAUAAAGUGUGACGAAAACUACGGCAACCAAAAAAAGCACCCAGAACUUGCCACUAAUUAAAUGCAAGUCAGCGAUAUCAAUUAAAAAGAAAAUUCCCAAAACAAUUAAAAUUGAAGAGAAACAAAAGUAUUGUGGACAAUUGCUUCCAUGCUUAGAAUUAAAACAAAAAAGUAAAAAAAAAGAAGAUGGAUUUACAGCUUGGUUUUCGUUUGGUGAAAUUACAAUUGACAAAAAUGUGCUCGAAAUGACAAGAAACAGUUUUCAAAUCGACGUAAAAUAAUCGAAGAAAAAAAACGAAUUGUAUUUAUAUGUAUCGCUGUGUAUUUUUUUUAUUAAUUGAAAUUGCGUGGUGACAUAAUUUAGCACUCAUGAUUAUCUGACAAAACUUUUUAUUUUUUUUGUUUGUUGUGCGCCGGCUAUAUUAUGACAAAGCAAAACAUGGACAAAAUCAGUGUAUUAAACGGUUCAAGACUGACAUUAUUGAAUGAAAGACUCCAAAAAUGUUCGCGUUCAGAACAUAAAACAUACAAAUCGCCAAAACAAACCAAGCUGCCAUUUUUCAAUAGUAAACAUGACCAGGAACGACAAAUCGAACAUUCCAAUAUCGAAACGCCAUUCAUAGCUAGUAAUCGAAAUCACAUUCAUCGAACACAUUCGAAGCGAUGGCAACAACCGAUAGAAUCCCAUCGACAACAUCACAAUCAUCAUUAUUAUCAUGAACAGUACUCAGAGCACACAAAUUCUUCACAGAUGCAUUUUAGCAAGAAAUUUAGUUUUACUCAACAUUGUAAUCAUAUUAGUCGAUUUUAUAUGAUUUUUGUAAUAUUCAUCAUUUAUUUGCUGGACAAAACCAACUGUGAUCAAGUCGUCUUGUUGGACACAACAAAAGAAGCCACACUUGAAUGGACUCGUUAUCCAUAUGGACCGCAAGCUCAGACGCCCGGCUGGGUUGAAGAAUCAUUCACAAACUUUGGCAAGGGUAUCAAUUGGCGAAGUUACGUCGUAUGCGAUGUGGCUUAUAAUAAUGUGAAUAAUUGGCUUUGGUCACCAUUCAUUGAUCGCGGGUCGGCAAAUCGUUUAUACAUUGAAAUUCAGUUUACAAUUCGUGACUGUUCCCUCUUCCCUGGCAACGCUCUAUCGUGUAAAGAAACAUUUAGCUUGCUAUUCUACGAAUUCGAUGCGGCCACAAGGGAGCCACCACCAUGGCAACCAGAAAGUUAUAAAUUGAUUGCACGAAUAGCGGCCGGCGAAGGAAGAUUCAAUCAAAAUUCCGAUGUCGAUAUCAAUACAGAGGUGAAGAGCAUUGCAGUGACGAAAAAAGGUGUUUAUUUUGCAUUCCGCGAUCAGGGCGCAUGCAUUAGUGUAUUGGCCGUUAAAGUAUAUUACAUCACGUGUCCGGCAAUCACAGAAAAUUUCGCCCAUUUCAAUGAAACGCCAACGGGUCGUGAAAUCACAAUUAUCGAAAAACAAACCGGUGUCUGUGUAAAGAAUGCCGAAUCAAGUGAACCACCCACGUACUUAUGCAAAGGUGAUGGCAAAUGGACGAUAUUAACAAGCGGAUGCAAGUGUAAAGUCGGUUUCGAACCAGAUUACGAAAAGCAAACAUGCACAGUUUGUCCGGUUGGAACAUUCCGUUCAAGUGAGGUGACAAAAUGCACAGCAUGUCCAUUGAAUUCGAAGGCGACAAAAAGUGGUAAUUCAUAUUGUGCGUGUGUUGAUGGGUAUUAUCGUCAUCCACGCGAUAGCCUCAAUAUGCCAUGCUACCGUCCACCAACCAAACCAACCAAUUUGACACUUUUAUUUAUGGAUCAAACAAGCGCAAUUUUAUCAUGGAAUGCACCACAACGACCAACAAAUGAACUGUACGAUUCAAAAUAUCGAAGUGACAUUGUCUUCAAAGUGAAAUGUCCCGCAUGCAAUUCAAAUGUGGUAUUCAUUCCGGCCACCGAAACAUUCAACGAUACAAAAUUAACAAUCAACAAUUUAGAUCCGGUCACCACAUAUACCAUUCAAAUUCAUGCAUUGAAUAGCAUUUCAUAUCCAAUUUAUACAGAUAUCGAUGGUAAUAUUGAUGCAAAUAUCACCGAUUCACCGAGUCAUAAUUCAAAUGUAUAUGCAAAUAAUGCGGGCACUGGAACCUCAAUCAAUGAUCCACCAACCGAAUUUACGGAAAUUACAUUUACCACCGAAUCGGCCAUAUUGAGUAUGGUUUUCAAUAUACGUAUUGUAUCGAUUACAAGCCAUGAAGUCGAAUUGGCAUGGGACAAUCCGAGCGAAGCUCCCAUUGAAUCGUAUGAAGUUCGAUGGUUCCCAAAAAUGGAACUUGAUGCCGCUAAUAAAACAACACUCAGCACACACGAGCAACGGGCACACAUCGAUAAUUUACAAGAAAAUACUGAAUAUGGUUUUCAAGUACGUUGUAAAACGGCAAAUGGUUUCGGCCAAUAUAGUAAUAUCAUCUAUGGACAAACUCAUCAAGGCGUCAGUCCCGUUUACGAUGAUUCAAUGCAAAUGAGAAUAUUGGCUGGAGGUACAGUUGCGUUUGUGUGCAUUCUAGUCUUAGUAAUCGUUGCAAGUGUGUGGUUCCUGCGCUCCAAAAGUCAAGAUGAACUCGAUAAAAAGACAAAUAACCAUUUGCCACUGCCAAUGGACUAUGCCAGCAACGAAGGACUCGUAGUUACAUAUAUUCACGCAAUGGACACAACGCCUAUUGUGAAAACAAUUCAAAAUAAUGGCUAUGAUGGCUAUUAUCGUCAACGUCGAAAUUUUCCAGUGACUACUCCAUUGUUUGGCACGAGCCGAUCUUAUGUCGAUCCACACACCUAUGAAGAUCCAAAUCAAGCGAUACGAGAAUUUGCACGUGAAAUCGACGCCAGUUACAUCACCAUCGAAGCAAUCAUUGGGGGCGGUGAAUUUGGCGAUGUUUGUCGUGGUCGUCUAAAAAUCCCACCGAACUUCGUUCAGGAUAUUGAUGUUGCAAUUAAAACAUUGAAACCGGGUUCGUCCGAAAAGGCGCGUUGCGAUUUUCUCACCGAGGCAUCGAUAAUGGGCCAGUUUGAUCAUCCGAACGUGAUUUACUUACAAGGUGUUGUAACUCGAUCAAAUCCAGUCAUGAUCAUUACAGAAUACAUGGAAAAUGGCAGCUUGGAUACAUUCUUGCGGGCAAAUGAUGGAAAAUUCCAAACGCUGCAACUAAUUGGCAUGCUUCGUGGUAUUGCAAGCGGCAUGUCAUAUUUAAGUGAUAUGAACUAUGUACACCGUGAUUUAGCGGCUAGAAAUGUGCUGGUCAAUGUGCAGCUUGUAUGCAAAAUUGCCGAUUUUGGAUUGUCACGUGAAAUCGAAAAUGCAAGCGAUGCAUAUACAACACGCGGUGGUAAAAUUCCAGUUCGUUGGACCGCACCGGAAGCGAUUGCAUUCCGUAAGUUUACAUCAGCAUCGGAUGUUUGGUCGUACGGUGUUGUUCUAUGGGAGGUGAUGUCAUAUGGUGAACGACCAUAUUGGAAUUGGUCAAAUCAGGAUGUAAUCAAGAGCAUUGAAAAGGGAUAUCGUUUGCCAGCGCCAAUGGACUGUCCUGAAGCUUUGUAUCAAUUGAUGUUGGAUUGUUGGCAAAAGCAGCGAACGCAUCGUCCGACCUUCUCUAGCAUUGUGACAACAUUGGACAAUUUGGCACGGCAACCAAUGACAUUGUUGCAAGUGAGAAAUUCACCCGAUAAUGAUACACAAACGUGCAUCAAUAUUGGCACAUUAGGUUUAGGUAAUGCAAGUACAAUGGGCUUAGGUGGAAGCAUGGCAGGCAUUGUUGAUGCUAAAGAACGGGUCGUUUUCAUAAAUGCCGAUCAUUGGUUGGAUUGCAUCAAAAUGACACGAUACUCACAACAUUUCAAAGAGGCCAAUCUAGUUACAGCUCAACAGAUAUCACGAUUGACUGCACAACAACUCUCCGAUAUGGGCAUCACGUUGGUAGGACAUCAAAAGAAAAUUUUGCAUCAAGCAAGACAAUUAGAUUCGAUUAUCUAAUUUUCAAUGUAACACUUAGUAAAAAGAAAAAAAGAAAUCACACAAACACACACACACAUGCAUUGAUUAUAUGGAUUGAGGUCGGUUUUUUAAUUAUUGCUGACAACAAACGCAAACAAAAAAUCACUUUGAUCAUUUUGAAAAAUAUUUUAUUGUAUACAUAGAUAUUAUGUAAUUUAUUUCUUCAACAACAACAACAAAAAACAUUUGCAAAAAUACUCAGAACGAUAUGAAUGACAAUUUAAGAAAAUAAAUAUAAAAAAUGAAUAAACGAAGAGAUAAGAAUGGAUUUAAAAGAAAAACAAACAAAACAAAUUAUUUAACAUUUAAAUUAUCAUCAAAUGCAUCGUAUACAAAUUAUAAAACAAAUAACAAAUUUAUUGUGUAUAUAUAUUAUUGUACUAGUUUUUAUGCCACAAACAAAACAGAACAACCUUUAAUCAUAAGUUUAAUGCGAAAGGAAAUCUCUAUUCUAAAUUCUUGAAUUCUCUAAAUGUAUGUGAAAAACAAAAACAAGUAACCACAACACACAAUCAAACCAGUUUGUAUCUCAUACCUAAUGCCAUUAAUUAUUUUUUUUUAUAUUUCAUUUGUUCUAAUUGUAAACGAUGAAUGGAAAAUGAAUGGAAUUUCCAAUUUCCAGUUUAUAUAUUUGCCGCGACAAUGACGAUGCGAAACGAUGAAACAAAAAGUGCAUCAAGUUCAUUUAGAUUGUACAAUGAACCACAACAUUUUAACAAAAUUUCACCUAGGAUCGAUCUCCAAACGAAACCCCAUGAGGUUCAUCACUCACUUUCUUUAUAUUCAAAUUGGCCUAAUUUUCGUUUUCAUUUGACGUCGUUUAUUUUGAAUUGAAAAGCAAUUUAUUUUAGCCUAAAGUAAAGUUAACAAAUGAGCAACACAUUUUGCUGAAGCACUAACGAACAAAUACACAUACAAUAUUUUUGGCCUAUUCAAAAAUUGUACAAAAAAAAAAAAAAAAAAACAAAACAAAAACGGAAAU